AUGGCCUCCAAAUCAUUUAAAGCCACGUCAUCCAACCUCUCCAUGUCAUCCGACACGGGCCCCGAGGGCAUCCCGGGAGGCGGCAAGCCUCCUCUUCCCCCACACGUCACCUUCGCCCGACGGACCCCUUCCGGCCGCUACGUCAGCUACUCACGAGAUGACCUAGACAGCGAACUCAGCUCCUCCGAUUACCUCAACUACACUGUCCACAUUCCCCCGACACCCGACAACCAGCCCAACAUCGACCCGGUGGCCCAACGGGUCGAGGAGCAAUACGUCUCAUCCUCCCUCUUCACUGGUGGGUUCAACUCCACAACCCGGGCCCACCUCAUGGAUCGGGUCAUAGACUCCGAAUCUCCCCUCCACCCUCAGAUGGCCGGGGUCAAAGGCUCGUCGUGCUCGGUCAAUGGCUGUGAUGGAAAAGUGAUGAGCGACGAGCGGGGAAACGAUAUCCUCCCGUGCGAGUGUGACUUUAAAAUCUGUCGGGAUUGCUAUUUGGAUGUUCUGAAAACCGGGGAGGGGAUUUGCCCUGGGUGUAAAGAGGAGUACAAGACGACCGACCCGAAUGAGGUCAUGGAUGGGUGGGCCGGGUCGUUGCCCCAGCUGCCAGGCCCACAAGGGGGUUCGUCGAGGGUGGUCGAGAGGAGGCUGUCGAUAAUGAGGUCGACUAAGUCCGGGCUGAUGAGGAGUGGGACAGGGGUUGACUUUGACCAUAACAGGUGGCUUUUCGAGACUAAAGGGACGUAUGGUUAUGGGAAUGCCAUCUGGCCAAAGGAGAAGGGUGAUGUGGACGAUGAUGAGAAUCGUGGUGGUCGUGUUGAUGCUGAGGCGCCCGGUUUGAUCAGCAAGCCGUGGAGGCCGCUCACUCGGAAGCUGAAGAUUCCGGCUGCCAUCAUCAGCCCUUACAGGCUUCUAAUCUUGGUCCGAAUGAUCGUCCUCGGCCUCUUCCUCACGUGGCGAAUCCAGCACCCAAACAACGACGCCAUUUGGCUGUGGGGAAUGUCCGUUGUCUGCGAAAUUUGGUUCACAUUCUCUUGGAUUCUCGACCAGCUCCCAAAACUCUGCCCCGUGAACCGAGCCACCGACCUCAACGUGCUCAAGGAAAAAUUCGAGACCCCAAGCCUUAACAACCCCACUGGAAAAUCGGACCUUCCUGGCAUAGACAUCUUUGUCUCGACCGCCGAUCCGGACAAGGAGCCGCCACUUGUCACGGCCAACACCAUACUGUCCAUACUGGCGGCCGAUUACCCGGUCGAGAAGCUAGCUUGCUAUGUUUCGGAUGAUGGAGGGGCACUUUUGACAUUUGAGGCCAUGGCCGAAGCCGCCAGCUUCGCGAACUUGUGGGUCCCGUUUUGCCGUAAGCACAGCAUCGAGCCGAGGAAUCCCGAGAGCUACUUUAAUUUGAAGAAGGAUCCUUACAAGAAUAAGGUGCUUAAGGAUUUCGUGAAGGAUAGGAGACGCGUGAAGCGAGAGUAUGACGAGUUUAAGGUUCGGAUUAAUGGGCUGCCCGAGUCUAUUAGGCGGCGGUCUGAUGCGUACCAUGCUCGGGAGGAGCUCAGGGCCAUGAAGGAACAGAGGAGGCAGAUAAAGGAAGACGAGCCGGUUGAGGUAGUGAAAAUUAAUAAGGCGACUUGGAUGGCCGACGGGACACAUUGGCCCGGGACUUGGUUGAGUCCUUCGGCUGAUCACUCGAAGGGUGACCAUGCUGGAAUAAUUCAGGUCAUGUUGAAGCCGCCAAGCGAUGAGCCUCUAUGUGGCUUGCCUGAGGAGCCCCGUGCAAUGGACCUAACGAGCAUCGACAUCCGACUACCAAUGCUCGUGUACGUGUCCCGAGAGAAGCGCCCGGGCUAUGACCACAACAAGAAGGCGGGCGCUAUGAAUGCCCUCGUUCGGGCCUCGGCUAUCAUGUCAAACGGGCCCUUCAUCCUCAACCUCGACUGUGACCACUACAUCUACAACUCCCAAGCCAUGCGCGAAGGUAUGUGCUUCAUGAUGGACCGUGGAGGAGACCGCAUUUGCUACGUCCAAUUCCCCCAACGUUUCGAAGGAAUCGACCCUUCCGACCGAUACGCCAACCGCAACACAGUCUUCUUCGACGGCAACAUGCGGGCCCUCGACGGGCUCCAAGGCCCGGUCUACGUCGGCACGGGCUGCCUCUUCCGCCGGGUCGCCCUCUACGGAUUCGACCCGCCCCGGUCCAAAGAACACAGCCCGGGCUUCCUCAGCAUGUGCUGCUUCGGCGGAAGACAGGCCCGGGCCGGGCCCACCGGUAUUCCGGAGGAGAAUAAGGCUUUGAGGAUGACAGGUGGCGGCGACUCGGACGACGAUGAGUUGUUCUCGGGCGGGCUCUCGCUCGCCCCGAAAAUGUUUGGCAACUCGAAUCUCCUCAUUGACUCCAUCCCCGUGGCCGAGUUCCAAGGCCGCCCACUCGCCGACCAUCCUUCGGUGAAAAACGGGCGCCCACCGGGAGCCCUAACCGUCCCGCGGGACCCCCUCGACGCCUCCACCGUGGCCGAGGCUAUAAGCGUCAUUUCGUGCUGGUACGAGGAUAAAACCGAGUGGGGCCAACGGGUCGGGUGGAUUUACGGGUCGGUUACUGAAGAUGUUGUCACGGGUUACAGAAUGCACAACAGGGGUUGGAGGUCGGUUUACUGUGUCACCAAACGGGACGCUUUUCGAGGAACCGCGCCCAUCAACCUAACCGACCGGCUCCACCAGGUGCUCCGUUGGGCCACGGGCUCGGUCGAGAUCUUCUUCUCCCGAAACAACGCGUUCCUUGCCAGCUCGCGCAUGAAGGUCCUCCAGCGUGUCGCAUACCUCAACGUCGGGAUUUACCCCUUCACCUCGGUUUUCCUAAUCGUCUACUGUUUCCUUCCGGCCCUGUCCUUAUUUUCCGGACAGUUCAUCGUUCAGACACUGAACGUCACUUUCUUGGUCUACCUCCUGACAAUAACCGUCACUCUGUGCGCGCUGGCUGUCCUCGAGGUCAAGUGGUCAGGAAUCGAGCUCGAGGAGUGGUGGAGAAACGAGCAGUUCUGGCUCAUCGGUGGCACGAGCGCACAUUUAGCCGCGGUUUUUCAAGGCCUGCUCAAGAUCGUGGCAGGUGUCGAAAUCUCCUUCACGCUGACUUCGAAAUCGGGAGGCGAAGAUGAAGACGACGAGUUUGCUGACCUGUAUGUGGUGAAGUGGACUUCUCUUAUGAUACCGCCGAUUGUGAUUAUAAUGGUGAACAUGAUAGCGAUUGCUGUCGGGCUCAGCCGAACUAUAUACAGCGUGAUACCACAGUGGAGCCGUUUAUUGGGAGGCGUUUUCUUUAGCUUUUGGGUUUUGGCACAUUUGUACCCGUUUGCGAAGGGGCUGAUGGGGAGAAGGGGAAGAACACCGACUAUUGUGUUUGUUUGGUCGGGGCUUAUUGCCAUUAUUAUCUCGCUUUUAUGGGUGGCGAUUAAUCCGCCAGAGGGGGCGAACCAGAUCGGGGGCUCGUUUCAGUUUCCGUGA